CCUUCAAGCGAGAUGGAAAAAUGAGUCUAGUGGAGUAGAGCUAUAAUGAGGGCGCCCGUGUAACAGAGUUCGGCCAUUGCUCUGCCCUUUUCCCCUCUCCUAUGGACACCCCUUAAAAUACAGGGGGAAAGGAACCUGAGAGUGCUCCCUUGCCCUAAAAAAUGCCCUGAGAGAGCUAGCUAGCUACCUUCCUCACAUUCAUAAGGGACCCACGGGAACUGAGAUCUAAGUGUCUCUGUGGUGAUGUUUGAGAGAGGUGCAGCGGGGAUAGACUGCUGUCUGAUUCCAGAGGCUAUACUCUCCCUGAUAUUUAAACUACGGGAAGGGAGCCACAUCUGCCUCUUUCUGAUCUGUGUGGACGCCGCUGCAGAUCCCACCCGCCUCCCUCCAGUCCUCUGCACAGUGCCAUAUGCCGUGUGUGGCAGUCAGGUCUGGCAUACUGGAGCUCAUGGAGAUCUGCUGAAAGCUCAACGAAGAAUCAGAAUCGGAAUACUUCCUGAAUGGGUCGCAGGAGAGUCCCCUAAGGAGCGCCUAGGUUUGUUGGGGUUGGGGGAGGUGGGUUAAGAAAGGGAAGUCAAGAUUGGAGGCACUGGGUUUUUUUUUUUUUUCUUUUUUGGCUUAUGUGUGUGCGCAUGGGGGUGGGGAGCCGCUUGGUGCCGGACGCCCCCACCCGCAGAGACUGGGCUAUAAAUAGCACAGCAGAGCUCCGCCCCCACCCCCCCCUCUUCUCUCCUCCGGAGCCGGCGCUGUGCCCGGGGCGCACCGGGAGGAGGGACCAGGAUCCAGCGCUGGGGCGCAGAUACUGACACCAAGGGAAUCCGGGUGCCCCCCCACGCCAUGUGGGCCCCCAGGUACCCGGCUCCUCCAUCCCGGAGGUCCCCAUGGCCCGGGCCUCAAUCCUGGCCAGGCAAAGAUUAUGCGGACAUUCAGGGCUAGGCUUUACCACCAAGACCUCAGGCCUUUCCCAACCACCACCCCCACACUCCUAGCCAUCUUCGGCAGGUCCUAUUCCCGGCUCCAUCGGUGCUUUCGCCCGAGCCGCAGCUAUGCUGCACACCGAGGGCCACGCUCUUCUUCGGGCGGUGGGUCAGGGUAAGCUUCGCUUGGCCCGUUUGCUUCUGGAGGGAGGAGCCUACGUGAAUGAGGGUGAUGCCCAGGGGGAAACUGCGCUAAUGGCGGCCUGCAGGGCCCGCUACGACGACCCUCAGAACAAGGCGCGCAUGGUACGCUACCUCCUGGAGCAAGGUGCGGACCCCAACAUCGCAGACCGUUUAGGACGCACCGCGCUCAUGCACGCUUGCGCCGGGGGUGGGGGAGCCGCAGUGGCCUCUCUGCUUCUUGCCCACGGCGCAGACCCCUCAGUCCGAGAUCACGCUGGCGCUUCGGCGCUUGUCCACGCCCUGGACCGCGGGGACCGUGAGACCCUUGCCACGCUGCUGGACGCCUGCAAGGCCAAGGGCACGGAGGUCAUCAUCAUAACCACGGAUACCUCGCCCUCGGGCACCAAGAAGACCAGGCAGUAUCUCAAUUCCCCACCGUCCCCGGGGGUAGAGGAUCCUGCACCCGCUCCUCCUAGUCCAGGGGUCUGCACGUCGCCUUCUGAAGUCCAGCUGCAAACUGCAGGAGGGGGACGGAGCUUGUUAUCCCCUCGAGCCCAGGAAGAAGAGGAGAAAAGAGACAUAUUUGAAUUUCCUGUUCCUAAGCCCCCUGACGACCCUUCCCCUUCCGAGCCUCUCCCCAAGCCGCCUCGACAUCCUCCAAAACCACUCAAAAGGCUCAACUCUGAGCCCUGGGGCCUUGUGGCUCCUCCUCAACCGGUCCCUCCUGCCGAAGGGAGGCCGGGGAUGGAGCGCCUGGCUGCUGAAUUUAACGGCCUGACCCUAACCGGUAGACCGCGUCUUUCCCGGCGUCACAGCACCGAAGGCCCGGAGGAUCCGCCCCCAUGGGCGGAGAAAGUGACAGGCGGGGGUCCUCUCUCGCGCCGAAACACAGCGCCCGAGGCUCAGGAGUCUGGUCUUCCUGCAGGGCUAAGGCAAAAACUGAGCCGCAUGGAGUCCGUGGAGCUCGAUACCCCUGGACAUUUUUGCCCUGACUCACCCGAGUGCAGCCGCUUAUCCCUGGAGCGCCGGCGAUACAGCGCCUCUCCGCUGACCCUCCCUCCAGCGGGCUCAGUUUCUUCUCCGCGCCAGUCCCAAGAGAGUCUGCCCGGGGCUGUAUCCCCGCUGAGCGGACGGAGGCGGAGUCCCGGGCUGCUGGAACGCAGGGGUUCCGGGACCCUGCUCCUGGACCACAUCUCGCAAACGCGACCUGGUUUCUUGCCUCCUCUCAACGUCAGCCCCCACCCUCCCAUCCCCGACAUUCGCCCCCAACCCGGAGGUCGGGCACCCUCACUGCCUGCCCCUCCUCAUUCUGGGGCACCAGGGUCUCCCAGGACCAAGCGCAAGUUGGUGAGACGCCACUCCAUGCAGACUGAGCAGAUUCGCCUGCUAGGGGGUUUCCAGAGUCUAGGCGGGCCAGGGGAACCGGGGCGCUGAGAGAAGUGAGAGCCACCAAGGAGGGGGAGGGUCAGGCCCCAUGGCGUGAGAACCAGCUGAUACCUCGGACACGGGAUCUCUUGCAUGUGCUCACGGCACUGUGCACGCACACAUGGGUAAGCAUGUGUCCACAAGCACAGUACACUCACUAGCGAGGAAGGAUAAAUACUGUGUUUACUGGGCGUAUAGAACCACGCAUUCGUGUCCUGGUCAUUUCACACGCACACGGGAUUACUUGGGUGCCCAGAGGCACAGCACACCAACAGAGGACCACAUGUGCUAGGGUCCCAGACUCACUGGCAUUUGUUCAGAAGCAGCAGGGAGCCCCCACUUAAGGAUGGUCUCCUGUAUCUUUGCUCUCCUGGAAAAGCAAUCCCUUGCUUUCUAUGUAUGCCCUGAAACGUGGCCUAUCAUACUUUCGCAUACUCUGCUUUUUCUUCAUGAAUCUCUCUCCCCAUUCUGCAGGUCUUGCUUCUCCAUGCCUGGCUCCUUGCUUACACCCGGCUUCCAUCCACUUUUCAGGAUGUCUUCACUUUUCUUAGGGUUCCCUCAACAGCGCCCAGUCUCAGUUCUGUUGCUGCCUUCCAUGCUCUCAACUUGCUUUUUAUUCCCACCCUGCACCCCACCCCCCAAAACACACACCACUACAGAUUGUCUUGUUUACUCCAGGGGGUGGGUCAUGGGCUCGAAGCUGAUCUUCUGUGUGUCUGAGCUUAUGAAUACCCCUACAGGUAGAAGUGGGGAGUAAGCCUAAGCCAGCCCCCCCCCCCUGCCACUUGACAUGUCAAAUAAAUGU